AUGUAUCAAUGCCUCGGUCAAGUCACUACUGAAUUUACUAACAAAGGUGAAAUAUAUGAUUCGACAAUAACUUAUGAAGAGUUAUUUAAGGUUGGUCAUGUUGUCUGGUUUAUGAUUGCUUUCCAAACACAACUUAAUUUACCGUUAGGCUUGACAGACUCCAUCUUUGAUUAUAAUAUGCUCUAUCCUUACACUGAUAAUCUAGUGGACAGUAAUGAUGUAUCACGAGAGGCGAAAAAAGAAUUUACUAAGAUUUUUCAUGAGCGACUACUUUUUGGCGAAUCAAAAUAUGAUCCCAAAGCUCAUUUUGAUGGAAAACCAUCGAACACUGCUGAUCUAAAUUUAUCGCCAUUAUUGCAACCAUAUGCCGAUCGAAUAGUAAAAAUAGUAAAAAAACAAUGUCAAAAAUUGAGCAAGUCAGCGCUGAAAAGGAAGGUGCAUCAUUGA